CAAGGACUAGUGCAUUGUUACAGUGAACGUCAACAUGGAGAACCUCAUGCAGGACGAUGAUGCGGAACAGCAAACACUGUGUGAGCGAACGUUCGAAAAGUUAAACCGAACGAAAAGCAAUGAAGUUACAUCGCAACAACGUGAAGCGUUUGUGAAGCUGUUGGCUAAUUUUGUGAGGCAACGCGACUCCGAUAAGAAACAUUCCGAGGACCAACUGUUCCAAAUGUUCAAGAACAAGGAAACGAACACGGUUAAUAUGGGAAAAUUCUUGGCGGAACUGCGAACGAUCGGCAUCAGAAGAACGGAUCCCCGUAUACAGGAGAUGAUGGAAAAUCUGAAGCGCGUGCACAAGCUCAACAACUACGAGCACGGGUCACCCCACACGCAGCAUUUGAACGAGGAAACGUUCAAGGCCGUUAUCGCACCGAACAUUGUGCUGAUUGCCCGUGCAUUCCGCCAUCAAUUCGUCAUACCGGACUUUCAGGGUUUCACCAAAGACAUCGAGGAGAUCUAUUGGAAAUGUAAAAGCAACGCGGACGGCAAGGUCGCCAACUACAUCCCGCAACUAUCGCGCGUGAAUCCAGACUACUGGGGCGUUAGUGUCUGUACGAUUGAUGGUCAGCGCUUCUCGAUCGGUGACACUUCCGUUCCUUUUACGCUGCAGAGCUGCAGCAAGCCUCUCACAUAUGCGAUUGCGCUUGAAAAACUGGGCGCCCAGGUAGUGCAUCAGUACAUCGGUCAGGAACCGAGCGGACGCAACUUCAACGAGCUUGUCUUAGACUACGAGAAAAAACCACACAAUCCAAUGAUUAACGCUGGGGCGAUUCUUACCUGUUCGCUGCUAAAGACACUGGUUCAGCCGGAGAUGACACUGGCGGAAAAGUUUGACUACGCCCAAACCUGGUUCAGCCGCAUGGCGGGCAAUGAGCCGCUCGGGUUCAACAAUGCGGUGUUUCUGUCGGAGCGUGAGGCGGCCGAUCGAAACUAUGCACUCGGGUUCUACAUGCGCGAACACAAAUGCUACCCGGAGAAGGCAAAUCUACGCGAAUGCAUGGACUUCUACUUCCAGAUCUGCUCGAUGGAGGCCACUUGCGAUACGUUAUCGGUUGUUGCGGCAACGCUCGCCAACGGUGGUAUCUGUCCACUGACGGAGGAGCGCGUUCUACUGUCCGAGAACGUACGAGACGUCCUGUCGCUGAUGCACUCCUGUGGCAUGUACGACUUUAGUGGUCAGUUUGCGUUUAAGGUGGGAUUGCCGGCAAAGUCAGGUGUAUCGGGCGGAGUUAUGCUGGUCAUCCCGAAUGUAAUGGGCGUAUUCAUGUGGUCACCUCCGCUCGAUCCACUCGGCAACAGUUGCCGGGGUGUACAGUUCUGCAAGGAACUGGUGGAUGUGUUUAACUUCCAUCUGUACGAUAACAUCAAGCACGGUUCGAACAAGAAAGACCCUCGACGUCAUCGGUACGAAACCAAGGGUCUUUCGGUGGUGAACCUACUCUUCUCCGCUGCAAUUGGCGAUGUAACUGCACUGCGGCGUCACAAACUUUCCGGCAUGGACAUCACACUCUCGGACUACGACGGCCGUACUGCGCUACAUCUGGCAAGUGCCGAAGGACACUUCGAGUGUGUUCGGUUCCUACUCGAACACUGUGGCGUACCGCAUGAUCCGAAAGAUCGUUGGGGCAAUCGACCGAUUGACGAGGCGGAAACGUUUGGCCAUGAAGAUGUGGUGACACUGCUGCGACAGUGGGAAGAAAAGGUACAGAAGGCCCAAACGUGUGACGCUAGCGAGACGGGCUACAACUCCGACCAGGACAGUGAUGCAUCCUCCAGUGGGAAAGGGAUGAAGUCACCGGAUGGGUCUAAAAUUUUACAUUAAGCUAUUUAAAGGCAACGAAACUUAAGACAAUAAU